GCCGAGGAUAUAACGGAGGUCGCGGGUUACGCUCGGCGCUUUUCUGCACCGGAGACAACAGGGGCACCAUGCCGAGCCCGCGCGCACGGAGCCCGACGAGACAGCUGAGCUUCUUCGUCACCCAGGCCGUCAACAAAAAUCAGGUUCCCCUGAUGCUGCCGUCUUAAGAUUUCCGCCGCGGAUUUUCAUCAUGGGAGUGUGCGAAUUUUAAGGGACACUCGAGACGCGGGUUUGGACACGGCUCACGCGUAAUUGCGCACAAGAAAGUGGCCCCUGUAGCAGCUCCCCGCGCGCACUGAGCUCACCGCCGGAACGCCCGACAUGGAUCACUCUCGGCAGUGUGUGGCCGUGUAUCUCCUGGUGCUGUCCCUCGGACUCCUCAUGGACAGGGGGGUUUGUCAGCACUACUACCUUCUCCGGCCCAUCCCGAGCGACAGUCUGCCGCUUGUGGAAUUAAAAGAGGACCCAGAUCCCGUCUUCGACCCCAGGGAGAGGGACCUCAACGAGACCGAGCUGAGGAGCGUCCUGGGGGACUUUGACAGCCGCUUUUUGUCCGUUUUACCGCCCGCGGAGGACAAAUACACCGGGAACGACGAGCUCGACGACCUCGAGAUCCAAAAGCCCGGCGGAGUACUGCCGAAGGAAAUCAGAGCGGUGGAUUUCGACGUCCAGUUCGGCAAGAAGCACAAGCCCAGUAAGAAACUGAAGCGGCGGCUGCAGCAGUGGCUGUGGGCGUACUCAUUCUGCCCGGUCGUGUACACCUGGACCGACCUGGGGAACAGGUUCUGGCCGCGAUUCGUGCGGGCGGGCGGCUGCCUCAGCAAAAGGUCGUGUUCGGUCCCGGAGGGGAUGGUGUGUAAACCCGCGAGCUCGACCCACCUGACGGUACUGAGGUGGAGAUGCGUGCAGAGGAAAGGGGGGCUCAAAUGCGCUUGGAUACCGGUGCAGUACCCGAUCAUCACAGACUGCAAGUGCUCCUGUUCCAGUUAAGAGAGUCUCUGCAGCAGAACAAGAAAAAAAGACCCAAAAAGACCAAAAAAAAAAAAA